GACUCUCUUCUCUUUUUCUUCUUCUUUUUCGUUUUCGGACGAAAGGCAAAAUGUAUCGAUCUUUGUGGUGUAAAUUGGGAGUUAAUCUGAAGAGAACGGCUGCCAUCAUCAAUGGAGUAUCUUCUUCUUCGUCAUCAACAGCUAAGUAUUUUCUAUUCAGAAUACAAGAUCCAAAUGUUGUAAUUUCAAAAUCUAGGGUUACUUCCAUCUUUUAUUCCUUCUCUACUACUACCACUAGUGAUGGUAAUCUUACUUCCGAUUCUUCCUCAUUUGUGGUUUCCUAUCUUAUAAAUUCAUGUGGAUUGUCUGAAAAUCAAGCUAUUACUGCUUCUGAAAAACUCAAUUUCAUGACCACUUCUAAUCCCGAUUCAGUCUUAACUUUACUUAGAACUUACGGAUUUACUGAAUCCCACGUUUCUAAACUAAUCCCUAAAUACCCAGCCAUCCUCUCAUACAAACCAGAUAAGACCCUUAAACCAAAAUUAGAUUUUUUCAAAUCCAUAGGGCUUUGUGGACUUGAUCUUGCCAACUUAAUAUCAGAUGACCCAAAGAUCCUCAUGCAGAGCUUUAAUAAAGGAAUUAUCCCUUCCUUUGAUAUCAUUAAGAGCAUUGUUCACUCUGACCAAAACGUCAUUAAAAUGAUUACACGAAAUUAUUGGAUUCUCAGUCAAACCCAUGUUAAAAGGUUGAUGCUCAACCUAGAGCUUUUGAGAAAUGAAGGUGUAUCUGAAUCUAAAAUAUCAAAGUAUUUAAUCCGCCAACCAAGAGCAUUUGCGCAAGAUACCAAUAGAUUUAAAGAGAUUGUAGAGAAGGUUAAAGAACUGGGUUUUGAUCAUUCACAAGCCACAUUUCUCAGAGCUAUACAAACAUUGACAUCAUUGAGUGAAGUCAACUGGAAAAAAAAAGAGGAUGUUUACAAGAGAUGGGGUUGGUCUGAGGAUCAAAUUCAAGCAGCAUUUAGGAAAAAUCCUUAUUGUAUGACGGUCUCUGAAAAAAAGAUUAUGGCGGUUAUGAAUUUUCUUGUGAACGAAAUGGGUUAUAAUUCAUUAAGUAUUUCCAGAACCCCAAUAGUUUUUGGCUAUAGCCUGAAGGACAGGAUUAUCCCAAGGUGUUCAGUCAUCAGGAUUUUAGUCUCCAAGGGUCUGAUUCAGGAAAAAAAUUGUAUUAAUUCACUUUCAACCAUGGUAGACAAGUCUUUUCUGGAGAAAUUUGUCAAGAAGUACGAGGAAGAAGUUCCUGAAAUAAUGAAGGUGUUCCUAUCCCAGCUUAAAUACCAAGACUUACUUCAGAGGUGAAGGGGAUCUGAUGAGAUGAAUGUGUGGGUACAGGUACGUAGAUUAUUUGAAUUCACAUGUUUCAGUGUACACAGUGUGACAAAGUAGUUGUUUUAUUCUUUAUUAUCACUAUGUUAAUCUACAAGACUGCAACUACUGUAUGGGAUGUAUGAAUUUUGGUUUCACCACCGAAAUUGUAUGUUUUGAACAUGAUAUGCAUGUUUAGUUGUUUGGUAAGGAAGUUUAUCUUCUAAUGUGGACUGGGAUGAAGUUGCGUUGGCAAGAUUCAAGUUGGUUGCUUGUCGUAUUAGUUCUCUGUCACAGGCCAAAGAGAUGUUCUGCUAUUUUCCAGAGCAGGAAGGUGAAAAUCUAUGCUUUAAAGUUAGUUUAAUCCUAUGAGCUAUUAUUGUUAAAUCAAGAUCUUGGAACAUUCUUCGUUUGUCCUUCUUGAGAUUAUAAACUGAUUUGGUCAAUUUUGCUGUCACAUACUCUUCAAAUGAUUUACAUAGUUGAAGCUUGAACUUUUAGUUUAAUCCGUUCCAUCCUUGAAACAGGCGGUCAGGAUACUCGGGAAAUCCAACUCUUACUCUUGUUUCUUUUCUUCAUCCUGCUUUGGGUCUGUUCAUAUGCUUAUGUCUCAUGCUCUAUUCUGUCAUCCGGCUCUCUGUUGGUACAUGCUUGGGUUUGUGCAAGUUUUCUUCCACAUGUGAAAUGUGGCUGUCAUGGUUUCAGCAUUUCACCAUGUCAUACAUCAUCUAAUUUAUUACCAAAUCUGUUUCUUGUGUGAUUCAUACAUUUUAGUUUUACCCUACAAGCUCUUGAUCCGUACUAUGCACAAGGAAUAAUUUGGAUUCUAUACAGGUCAUGCAUCAUCUGAUCUAUAAGCAAAUAUGUUGCUUGUUUGAUGCAUAGUGUUCAGUUUGACAUUGCAAGCUCUUGGGUCUUGGCCAAUGCUACACAAGAAUGGGAUUUCACUUCUCAGAGUAGAUUUGUAGGCUUAGGGACUUGGUUAUCACAUUUCGGUUAUCACAAUCCUUGGGCAUUCCUUUCCGGUUGAUUCGUGGUCGACAGUCACCAUAUUUUCAUUUGUUUUGUUUUUGUGAUUGAUAGAAGUAGUGUUCAAAAGACAUGAUUUAGUGACAGGAUGUGAGUGACAUGGGUUGACCAUUAUACAAGAAAUUGUUGAAGUUGACUGUGAGAACUUCACGUCUCAUGGUAUGUCUGCUACCACACUUUCUCUACAAAGGAAUGCACGUUAUUUAGUUCUUAUUGUGGAUAUUUUGGCUUAACCUAUCAGUGCUGUCUGUCUCGUGAAAAUAGAAUUAAGAAAGAGUAUUCUUGAAUUACGAUUUUAUGUGCUGUAGGUUAAUUAUUUCGUUUCGAUGAUAAUUGAAGCUCUGAUUUCCUUUUUCUUUUCUCGUUUUUGCUUUCCCGAGAACUCUAGUCUAUGAGAUAAUGCAAGAUCCAUAACUGUUUCAUGUUUUUGUAACAAUUUUCUUGGGACUUCCUUCCAAAGCCUAAGCCAAGCUCAAAAGGAGCAGCAAGAUUCUAAAACCAAGUGCUAUGUCAGGUCUCAGCAUUCGAACAUUAUAUCUGACGGUGGGAUGGACCCAUUACUUCCAGUGGAGGAGAACCCUCUCAAUAGCCCAAAAUCCGCAAGAAGUUAUGGUGACAAACAUUUAGAGAUCAUCAACUUCCGACAUGAGAAUUGGGCUUGGUCAGAAUCUACCAUGGUCUCUAUAUUCGGGUGUUUGUAUAUGUGUCAUUUUCCAGGUCUAAGUAACCCUCGGCUUUGAUUCCCUCUCAUUAGUCAUUUCCUGUACCUCAUUUUCGAGGCAUGGAAGUCGGUUUGAGCUUGGUCUAUCUGCUCGGUGGAUAUUGUUCUUUCUCUGCUAUUGCUUUAACUCCAUACAGAGAUCCUUCACUCCAAGUCCAUGACUAUAGUUGAAAUCAUGUUUACUGCUUUUGAGAGUAAUAGAGAAAAGGAGCAGAGAAAUGGGAGAGGUUCAUUUAACCUACAGCAGGAAACAUUCUGACAGACAUUAACAAACUCCUUAUCAGAAGCUAUACACAUACCGGAAACUUUGAUGGGUACCAGCUCUGUUGCACAUUUUUCUAUGUAUUUUCUGAUAUACUGGUAAUUGGCAGUAUUUUGGGUGAGAGAUCUUUUUCAACCGAGAGACAAGGGGUUCUGACGACGAUUAAGCUAAUUGUUACUUUUGUUUGUACGGUUGUUAUUGCACAAUUUGUUGAUUUUACUGGACAGAGAGUACUUGUAAUCAUCUCCAGUAUAAAAGGUUUUGAUUCUGAGCUCUUUUGUACUUUAAUCCAGGCAUUGAAACUGUACAAGCUUCUCCAGAGAUCUUUUCAAACUUUGCAUCUCAAUUACUUCAAACUUUGCAUCUCAAUUAUUUGAAACUUCACUAAAAGCAGCCCCUGCUGCACUGAACCGCGUGACACAGCCCCGGCCGUGCAACCGCAACCCCAUCCCUUGUAACAUCUGUUUUUUCUUUCCAUAGUGCCGAAAAAACGGACUAAAUACGAAACGGCCCCUUGAUUUUCAGAAGCUGUAAAUUCUAGGGUUUUCACUUUUCAUACUUAAUUCGGUCUGGCCUCUCUUAGUUCUUCUUUUUCCCGGUGAAAGGGCGAAAUGUUUCGAUCUCUGUUUUACAAAUUGGGUGUAACUCUGAAAAGGAAGCUCAUCAAUGGAGAAUCAUCUUCUUCUUCAUCAUUUGCAUCAACAGCUAAGUAUUAUCUUUUUACAUCACCAAAUCAAAAUGUUCUAAUUAAGAAUCCUAGGGUUACUUCCACUUUGUCUUCCUUCUCUACUGCCGCUUCUAGUAAUAGUAAUAUUACUUCUGCUUCUGAUUAUUCGUUUGUAGUUUCUUAUCUGAUAAAUUCAUGUGGAUUAUCACGAACCGAAGCUAUUACUGCUUCUAGAAAACUCAAUUUCAAAACCAGAAAGACUCCUGAUACAGUCUUAGUUUUUCUGAAAGCAUAUGGAUUCACUGAACUUCACAUUUCUAAACUAAUCAAUAAGUAUCCAUCCAUCCUCUUGUCCAAUCCUAAUGAAACCCUUGAACCCACACUAGAUUUCUUCAAAUCAAAAGGGCUUUCUGAAAUUGACCUUGCCAAUUUCAUCUCAAGUUUCCCAGGAAUACUGAAGAGAGACUUAAAUCAAAAGAUAAUUCCUUCAUUUGAUACACUUAAGAGUGUUGUUCAGUCGGAUGAAAACGUUGUUAAAAUGAUUAAACGAGAUGCUUUGAUUAUCAGUGCAGAUCGAGUUAAAAAAGUGAUGGUCAAUGUAGAGCUUUUCAGAAAUGAAGGUGUCCCUGAAGCUAUUAUUUCUGAGUAUCUAAUUUUACAUCCAACAUCAUUUACGGCCGAUAGAUUUGUUGAGAUCUUAAGAAAGGUUAAAGGAAUGGGUUUUGGUCAUUUAAAGGAAUGGGUUUUGUUAGAGAGGACAUUUCUUAAAGCUGUUCAUAUGCUGACAAUAAUGAGCGAAGCCAGUUGGAGAAACAAAAUGGAUGUUUACAAGAGAUGUGGGGGUUGGACUGAGGAUCAAAUGCAAUCAGCGUUAAGGAAGGAUCCUGGUUGUAUGAAGGCCUCUGAGAAGAAGAUUAUGGCGGUUAUGGAUUUUCUUGUGAAUGAGAUGAGUUAUGAUUCAUCUAUUGUUGCUGAAAACCCAGUAGUUUUUUGCUGUAGCCUGGAGGAUAAGAUUAUCCCAAGGUGUUCUGUUAUCAGGGUUUUAGUCUCCAGGGGUUUCAUUAAAGAAAACAUUUCUUUAGGUACACUUGCUACCUUGGUAGAUGAGUCUUUUAUGGAGAAAUUUGUGAACAAAUAUGAGCAAGAGGUUCCUGGACUAAUGAAGGUAUUCGAAGGGAAGUUGAAUUACCAAAAGCUAUUGCAGAAGUGAAGGAAUUGCUAAUAUUGGGUAGCGAGAAUCGGGCUUUUGGUCAGAAUCCACCUUGGUUUUGGGAUUCGGGUGUUUGUAUAUGCAUCCUUUUCCACGGUCUAAUUAACCCCUGGAUUUGACUCCCUCUCAUUUCCCGUACCUGGUUUUCGAGGCAGGGAAGUUGGUUUAAGCUUCCUCUAUCUGCUCGGCAGAUAUUGUUCUUUUCUCUCUGCUCUUGCCUUAACUCCAUAGAGAUUCUUUUACUCGUCUAUACUUGGAAUCAUAUCAACUGCUUCUGAGAAUAAUAGAGAGAAAUAGCAGAGAAAAGGGAGAGGUUCAUAUAACCUCCAGCAGGGAACAUUUUGACAGACAUUAGCAAACUCUUUACAGAAGCUGUACAUUUUUUUCUUUCAGGUUAUGUAUUUUAAAAUAUAGUGAUAAUUGGCAUCAUGAUUUAGCAAUUUUUUGAGAGAUCUCAUAAACCAAGCGACGAGAUUGAAGUAGAAAGAGACGAGGGCUUCUGACAAUGAUUAAGCUAAUUGUUUCUGUCAGGGUUUGUGUAUGUUACUUUUGUUUAUUUCGUUAUUAUUGCCCAACUCGUCGAACCAGCCACUGCGCAGAUUAUUCGUAAUCAUCUUCAAUAUAGAUGUUUGCUUCG